GUUCCCCCUUCCCACUUCGACGCGCCCUUCCCCCCUUUCCCCUUCCGAGGCUUCACCGCUUCCUCACAUGGCCGACGCGAAGGCCGAGGCGGCGCGGCCGCAGUCCUCGCAGGAGGAGGAGGAGGACUGGAAGGAGGCCGAGGGGGACAUCGAGGUCGAACGGUUCGCCACCAAUGGCGCAGCCGGCGGGGACGUGCCGACGGACAGGCCGAUCCGGGUCUACGCCGACGGCAUCUACGACCUCUUCCACUUCGGCCACGCGCGGUCGCUCGAGCAGGCCAAGAGGCUGUUUCCAAACACAUAUCUUCUCGUUGGAUGCUGCAAUAAUGAGUUAACACAUAAAUACAAAGGCAAAACUGUUAUGACUGAGGAUGAACGAUAUGAAUCACUUCGUCAUUGCAAGUGGGUUGACGAAGUUAUUCCUGAUGCUCCAUGGGUGGUGACAGAAGAGUUCUUGGAUAAGCAUAACAUAGAUUUUGUUGCACAUGAUUCUCUGCCGUAUGCUGAUGCUAGUGGGGCUGGUAAAGAUGUCUAUGAACAUGUUAAAAAACUUGGUAAGUUUAAGGAGACUCAGCGCACUGAUGGAAUAUCAACGUCCGAUAUUAUAAUGCGGAUUGUUAAAGAUUAUAAUGAGUAUGUUAUGCGGAAUCUGGCCAGGGGCUACACUAGAAAGGAUCUUGGUGUCAGUUAUGUGAAGGAAAAACGACUGCGAGUUAACAUGGGACUGAAAAACCUGCGUGACAAAGUGAAGCAGCACCAAGAAAAAGUAGGGGAGAAGUGGAGUACAGUUGCAAAACUCCAGGAAGAGUGGGUCGAAAAUGCCGAUCGCUGGGUUGCUGGUUUUCUAGAGAAAUUUGAGGAAGGUUGCCAUUCAAUGGGAACAGCCAUCAAGGAGAGGAUCCAGGUGAGGCUCAAGGCACAAUCCAGGGAAUUCAGCCUUCUACAGUAUGACAGCGACGAUGCCGAGGAAGAAGAUGAUGGCGACGAAGAGUUUGAAGAUGUGAAGGAAUAGCCCCCCUGUAGAUAUGCGUCAAGUUAUUAAUACUUACCUGCACUAUCUUUUGCAAAUUGUCAGUCCUUCACCAUGUCAUGUGCCUCUCUUGGUUCGUGAACUUUUUAUACUGUCAAUGAUAGGUCUGCUUGCCAUCUCUGCUCUUGAUGUUUGUUUAGACAACGUACAGUUGCAAAAGUUGCAGAGCUCUGUCCAUGCUUGUCGCAAGGAUACGGAUUACAUUUUACUUUAGAACAUGACUGUAAAUUUUAAGUCGAGCCUGUUAAAGUGCUCCAGUUUCGUCUGUUUUCCUUCC